AUGACAAUUUUUCUCCGAUUUCUUUUCUUCAAAUUUCCAGGACUUUGCUUCUCUGCAAUAACCUUCCGACUCUACUUGGAAAAUCAGUCCUGGAGCUUAUUUCCCAUCUGCGGCAAAGCUGAAUGCAUCAACAAUGGCCACAUGAACGUUGAGCGCGUCCAUGACUGCGGUCCUCAACCCAGGAAUCCCGUGUUAUGUACGAUUGCCAACCUAGCUGAGCUUCGCCGAAACACCAUCCUCGAAUACCCAUCGUGCUGCCCCAAAUACGUGUGCCCUGAUGGAGUCACCCUUGAAUAUCCUAGUAAGGACGAGAUCAAGGCUGAUAUUUUGAAGCGGCAAGCAGCCGCUCUGCGGGCAGCCAAGUUAGCCGCAGCAGCAAGGGAGGCGGCAGUACCACAGACAGCACCAGCAAUUAUUUAAGUUACUCCAGAAA